AUGCAUGUAGAGACAACUCCAGAGUCCUCAACGGCUCCGGAGAAUGUCACGACAGGGACUUCAUCAUCCCCUAUCCUACCCAGCAGUCCAGGCUCGCAGGGGCCUUGUAUGUCUGUUUGGUACCCGGCAGGAGGUUAUCCUCCUGUUGGGAGAAACAGGAAAAGACGUAAGAUGAAUAAGGACGAGUUGGUCCGUAACAGGGCUCUUAAAGCGGCUGGCGGGGCGUGCGAGAAUUGUCGGCGCCGUAAAAAGAAGUGUCAUCACAAAGACAAUCGACUCAUUUUGUCGGCACCGGCUUCGACCCCAACCACGACUUCAGCUUCGGCUCCGACUCAGGCUCAGGCUCCAGCAAAUACAGCGCCAGCGCCAAGUCAUAACGUCUCGCCUACUUACCACCGCAACCUCGGACCACGUAGCGUCGUUCGUCCUCGACCAAACGACAUCCGCCAAGGAGCUACGUUCGGCCAACAGCAACAACACAAUCCGUCAAUCGCCUCUUCGUACGGACCUUCACUUGACCCGAGCAUGUUCUCGUCUUCCGACGGCGGUGCUUUCAGUAACGGCACCAUGACUAGCGCUCAAUCCGACGCAAUCACCCUCGCUGCCGACGAAUAUCACCCUGAGAUGGGGGCAGAGGCCCGAUUCGGUAUGAACACCGCCGGCUUUGGGCAUCAGUUUAAUGGGCGACUUGCCCCAGAGUUCGAUCCUACGAACCCCAACAACCAAAUCGGCUUGCUGGAAACUUGGCCCAAUAGUGCUCGUGAGCGCACAACUGAUGCUGGUCAUUGA